GCUUUGGACGGCUUCUUCUUCGUUGUGAACCGCGAAGGGAGGAUCGUCUUUGUCUCUGAGAAUGUGACCAGCUACCUGGGUUAUAACCAAGAGGAGCUCAUGAACACCAGUGUCUACAGCAUCCUGCACGUGGGGGAUCAUGCCGAGUUCGUCAAGAACUUGUUGCCGAAGUCACUAGUAAAUGGAGUUCCUUGGCCUCAAGAAGCAACCAGGCGCAACAGCCAUACCUUCAGCUGCAGGAUGCUGAUCCGGCCACCCGACGAGCCGGGCGCGGAGAACCAGGAGGCUCGUCAGCGCUACGAGGUGAUGCAGUGCUUCACCGUCUCCCAGCCCAAGUCCUUCAAGGAGGAAGGAGAAGAUUUCCAGUCGUGUCUGAUAUGCAUCGCGAGACGAUUACCUCGACCGGCAGCCGUUACCCCUUCUGAAUCCUUUGUGACCAAGCAAGACACCACAGGUAAAAUCAUCUCCAUUGACACCAGUUCCCUGAGAGCUGCCGGCAGGACGGGUUGGGAGGAUCUGGUGCGGAAAUGCAUCUACGCUUUCUUCCAGCCUCAGGGCAGAGAGCCAUCUUACGCCAAGCAGCUCUUUCAAGAAGUGAUGACACGCGGCACGGCCUUCAGCCCCUCGUACCGAUUCACCCUGAGCGACGGGACGGUGCUCAGUGCCCACACCAAGUGUAAGCUCUGCUACCCCUCCAGCCCGGAGAUGCAGCCUUUCAUCAUGGGCAUCCAUGUCAUCGACAGGGAUCACGGCAUGCUCUCACCCCAGGAGAACACUAACUCCGCGAUGUCCCUCCCCCGGGUCAGCCCCUCGCUGAACCCCAGCAUCUCCCCGGGGCAAGGCAUGGCCCUGCCACCCUCCAUCCCUCCCUCCAACGGCAGCAUGUUGGCCACCAAUGUGAACCAGCAGCCGGGCACCGGCCUCCACAACAGCAACUCCAGCACCAGCCAAACCAGCUUUGGGUGUUCACCUGGGAACCAGAUAGGAGCCAACGUUGCCUUAAGCCAGGGACAGACUGGUCCCCAGAACAGUAACCACACUUUGAACCUCAGUAGCUCCCCCAUGAAUAGCCCAGGGAUUACGCCACCACAGUUCAUGUCUCCGAGGCAUCGGGUCAGCCCAGGGCUGGUGCCCAGACCCCGAGUGCCCAGCAAUCCCUUCUCGCCCACCAUGCCCACCAUGCACUCCCCCGUGGGCAUGGCCAACAGCGGCAGCGGGGGCAGCGGUGGCGCCGGUGGCACCAGGCCCUUUUCCAACGCCCCCAUAAACUCUAUGCAGGGUCUGACUGAAGGUCCCAGCACGCCGGUGGGCUACUCCACGCCACCCCCCGUGCUGAGACAGCUCAGCUCCCAGAGCUCGCCCAGCCGCCUCGCCAUGCAACCCAUGAAAGCAGAGUCCAAGGACAGCAAAGAGAUCGCCUCCAUCCUAAGCGAGAUGAUCCAGUCGGAUGGCGGUUCGGGGGACGGCAAACCACUGGACUCAGGCAUGCUGCACGCCGGCGACAGGCUCUCCGAGGGGGACAGCAAGUGCUCCCAAGCCAACAGCCACAAGCUGGGCCAGCUCCCGCGGGCCACCCCAGCGGAGCAGCAGCUUCGGCACGCUGAUGCGGACACGAGCUGCAAAGAUUCGUUAGCUUGCGCAGGCACCGCUGGCACUUUGGCCUCCGGCAACCCUCCCAGCAGCACCUGCCCUUCCUCCCAUAGCUCGCUGACCGAGCGGCACAAGAUUUUGCAUAGACUCCUUCAGGAGGGCAGCCCUUCCGAUAUUACCACCCUGGCCAUGGAGCAUGAGAAGAAGGAGAAUGCCCCAAACCCUGCUACCACCCCCACGGCUCAGAGCCAGCUGCCCGGAACCCCGGACAUCAAACUGGAGCCGGACGCGCUGAAGAAAAAAGAUGUCAAGGAUCACCAGCUCCUACGCUAUCUGCUGGACAAGGAUGAGAAGGAGCUUGCUGCAGCCCCAGCGCUGAGCCUGGAUGAUGUAAAAGUGAAGGUGGAGAAGACAGAGCAGAUGGAGCCUUGUAACACGGCGCCGGUGCCACUUGCCAAACCUCCUGCCGCAGAGGAGGUCAAGCUGGAGACACAGGGCCAGUUUGCUGCCGAACUGGAGCAGCUGGACCAGCUCCUGCCCUCGCUGGAGAAGGCGGCUCAGCUGCCCGGCUUGUGCGGACCGGAGAGAAGCGAGAGCGGCGUGGCCGGCGUCGCCGUCAAACCGGAGAUGCUGGCAGCC